AUGUCGCCGCCCCAGGGCCCCGCCGUCGUGACGGUGACGGACGUGACGACGCUCGCGCGGACCCUCCACGAGACGACCGCCGCGGACGCGUCGCGCAUCGCCGCCGCGGAGGCGUCGCUCAACGCCGCCUCCGACGCGCCGGGGUACGGCGCCGCGCUGCUCCAGUGCAUCGCGCACGCGUCGUCCCCGGACCCGUCCGUCGCGUCCGUCGCGUUGCCCGCGGCGACGACGCUGCACAACUACGCGCGAUCGCGGUGGCCGCGGAAGCUCGUCCCGGGCGAGCGCGAGCCGCUUCGCGCGGCGAUACUGCACGCGCUGUGCGUCGCGCCGCCGGGAGGGCCGGUCGUGAAGCUCCUCGCGGAGACGUUCCGCAUCGUCGUCACCGAGGACGUGUCGCGCGCGAAGUGCUGGCCGGAUCUGCUCCCGGCGUUGUGCGCCGCCGUGUCAGGCGCGUUCUAUACACUGGUCCCCAUACGACCGCGUUCGCGAGAGAGCAACCUGAUGAACGGCAAGGAGAAGAGCGCGGUGAAGACGUCGAACGCGCUCAUCGCGGUGCACACGCUCCUGAAGCCGUACAAGUACUUUCACAACCCGGGGAUGGAUAAGGAGGCGGCGCCGCCGGAGCUGGAGGCGAUCGUGAAGGCGCUCCUGGAGCCUUUGCUCGGGAUGUUAAGCAUCCUCGCGCAGGGGACGCUGACGGCGGCGGCGGCGGAGAGAGGCGACCCCGCGGCGAUCGCCGCGCUCGCGGCGAAGCCGUCGCCCGACCAGGCUGGGAACGACGCGCUUCUGCACACGCUGCUGAAGUGUUUUCAUCACACCGUCGCGGCGUACAUGCCGACGUCGCUCUUGCCGAGUCUGCCGCGGUGGUUGGAGGUGCUGGUGAAAAUUUUGGAACAAGCGCCGUCGUUUUCGCUUUCAAACGCCGACGACGCCGGCGCGCACUGCGCCCCUCGCGCGCGCGCGGUCAAGCGCGUGAUCCAAGCCCUGAUGUCGCUCGUGACGCGGCAUCGCAGACACGUGGACAAGGCGCUCCCCGCGGUGUGCUCGCACGCGAGCGCGCUCGCGGGCGCGCUCGCGAACGCGCGGUUGUCGUCGGACGCCGCGGCGCACGGAGGAUCGUCCGACGUCAUGAUCGCCGCCGGAGACAGACAGUGCGCGCUGUGCUUCGACCUCCUCGCGCGAAUCUCCGAGACCGCGCCCGGGUUUAAACUCCUCGCGCCGAACUUUGGCCGUCUUCUCGAGCAGGCCAUCUUCCCCGCGCUGUGCAUGGCGCCCGCGGACGAGGAGGAUUGGCGCGACGACGAGGAGGAAUACCUGCGAAAGAACCUCCCGGCGGAGAGCGACGACGCGACCGGCUUCAACGAAGAGCUCUACGCGCCGAGACAGAGCGCGGCGAACGUGCUGGGGCUGCUCGCGGAGCGCGGCAGCGCCGGCGGCGCGCAUCCCGGGGGCAAGGACGACCGCGGGAAGCGGAAGAAGGGCGGCGGCUCGAACAGAGGCGGCGCGAAGCGCGCGCCGACGACGCCGGGCGACGUCGCGUUGCGAUUCCUCGAGCGCUUCCGACUCCCCGGUCCCGACGACGCCGGCGCGAUUACCUCCCCUGACGCGCGCGCCGCGCUCUCGUCGUACUACGGCGUCCUGGUCGCGUACGGCGCGAUGUCGCGGUGGCUCGGCGCGCACGCGCCGAAGGGGGUCGUGAGCACGCUCGCGAGGCAGCGGGUGUUGCCAGCGCUCGCGACGGCCGGCGGCCCCGGCCCCGGCGCGGAUGGUGCUUCUCCCGCGGCGACGAUGGUGCGCGCGAACGCGUGCUGGGCGCUCGGCGAGCUGUCCGCCACGGAGGCGCUCCCGGAAGGGCCGACGCACGAGGCGCUUCUGCGCACGCUGACGGACCCCGCGGCGGCGGAGGACCCGGUGUUGCGGUCCGCGGCGGCGUCCGCGAUCGCGUCCGCGCUGCACGCGUCGUGCUGGCCGAAGGACUGGGCGCCGUUGCUCACCGCCGCCGCCGCCGCCGCGGACGUCGGCGCGGGCGCGGACGCGGACGACGCCGACCCCGCGCGCCUCCGCGCGCUUCGUCUCGUCGCCGUCGCCGCGGAGGUGGCGCCGGAGCACUGCGGCGCGACGGAACUCGCCAACCCGCUCGCGGCGGCGCUCGCGAGGUCCGCGGCCGCGUUCACGCCGGCGCCGCCGCGCACGCUGCCGACGAUCGUCGAGACCGCGCUGGAGUCGCUCGUCGCGGUCGUCGACGCCGCGCAGGAGGUGGUCGACGACGCCGCGGUCGACGACGAGGGCGAGGACGACGACGCGUCUCUUGGGCGGAAGCCGCCGCACGCGUCGCUCGUCGCGCUCGUGCCGCACGUCUGCGACGCGUUACGACGCGCGUGGCUGCCGGAGGCGUGGGGGUUGGCCGCGUGGCCGACGUCUUCCGCCGACGUUCACGGCGGCGUCGGCGCGGAUCACGACGGGAUGAUGGGCGCGGACGACGACGGCGACGCGGGCGCGGAGGGCUCGCCGAUUCCGUGUUGCAUGGGCGACAUGUCGCGGUUGCUGUCGAGAGCGAUUCGAUGGUGCCCGGACGCGAACGCAUCCGCGAACGUCUCGCUCGAGUCGCUCGUCGCCGCGCACGCGAAGCUCUUGCCGGACUGGGACGCGUGGGAGGAAGAGGAAGAAGAGGCUGCGUGCGACGUCAUCGCGGACGUCGCCGCCGCGCACGCGCGCGGGCGUCUCCGAUUUUCGGCGAGCGGCGGCGGCGUCGACGACGUCCUCUCAUCGUACGCCACGUUUUUGUCCGGCGCGAUCGACGGCGCGAGGGCGCUCGGCGUCGCGCGCGCGUGCAGAGCGUCGCACGCGGUCGCGUCGCUCGCCGCGCGCGUCGCCGGCGCCGGGCCGGGACGGGGACCGGCGCGCGAAACCGACGUCGCGCGGUCCGUCGCGAGCGCCGUCGUGGGCGCCGCGAGCGCGCGUCUGGAGAGCCUCGCGAGCCCGGACAUGCCCGUCGCGAGGCCGCUCGUGCUCGCCGUCGGCGGCGUCUUGGCGCGGAGCGCGUCCGAUGGAGCGGCGGCGAUGGGCGCGAACGCCGCGCAGGAUUGGGCGAGAGCCGCGGCGUUGACGCUCGUGACGCACGGCGCGGAGAUGAGCGCGAGCGAGUUGCACGUGCUGGCAUCCGCGGCGUUGCGAGCGCUCGGAGGAGGAGGGAGCGACGGUUUGGGUUUGAACGGGGGGGUCGUGCGGGACCCGGCGGCGCGCGCGGCGGCGGCGGAGGCGGCGCUGCGGGCGGUGCUCGCGUUGAGAGACCUCCGCGCGAGCGGCGGCGGGCUCGGGCACGGCAGCCGCAAAGCCGAGGAGGAGGACACGGACGACGACGACGACGACGACGACGACGAUGACGACGACGACGAUGACGACAGCGACGACGACGACGACGACAGCGACGCCGACGACAGCGACAGCGACGACGACGGCGGGCGAGGGCGCGGCGGCGCCGACGACGAGGAGACGGAGCACGCGUUUCUCGCGCGCUACGCCGCCGAGGCGCGCAAGCUCGCGGGCGCGGGACCGGAGGACCCCGACGCCGGCGACGUCGACGACGCGGACGACGGCAGCGAGCUCGAGCUCGACGGUAUCGUCCUCGGCCCGCCCGGCGCGGAGGCGACCGCGCUGCUGCGUUGGCUGCAGUCGAGCGCGACGGCGGCGGAUUUAGGCGCGCUCGCGGCGACGUUGGCGGCGCACCCGGUGGCCGGGUUGGAGGCGGUGGGCGAUCUGCAGAGCGUGUUGUCGUCCAUGGGGUGCGCGCCGGGGUCGGAGCACGGCGGCGGCGGCGGCGGCGGCGGCGGGUGGAUCGGGAACGCGGGGUCCGCGAGCCCGGGGGGGUCGCAGGGAUCCGCGGGGAACAUCGACUUCGGCGGGCUGAGGUUGUGA